CCAAUCUGGCUACCCCGCAUCCCCCUUCUUCGUUGCCUUUCCUUCCUCCGUCUGCCACUAGAAGAAAGAGUGAGAGACAGUUGGCACUCAGUCCGCACUGGAUGGAGGAUGGUGGCAAAAAUGGCUGCUUGGGUCUCAUCCGUCCCCCUUUUCCUGCACCUCCCUCGGCCCCUCUUGAGAGAAGUAACCCAGAUUUGAAAAUGAAGUCCUAUCAAUCUCUCCCUCUCCUCUCUCUCCACUCUCUCUCUCUCUCGGUCUAUCUAUCUUUUUCGUCCUCCUCUUGGUAAAAACAGCAUCCAAUCUUGGAAAGCGAGUACCACCUCCAUCCACCAUCUCGUCCUCCUCCUCACCCUGCCUGUGGGUGAACGGAUAUUUACCACUCCUGGAAAGCUUCAAUCGCGCUGGCUUUCUGCUGUUUUGUCGAGACAGCUUCCUUGGUUUUGUUUUUUUUGUUUCAUAUUUUACGCUGGCUCAUUUCCUUUCCACUUUUUUGCCCUCAUCUUUGAAGCCGCCAUCUACAGGUGCCUCUCUGAGCUGAACAUCAGGGGAGGGCCAAGGAAGUGAAGGAAGAAACUCGCCGCUCGGCAUACUCACAGUUUCAGGUCCGCCUCCCUGUCCUUGCAUACUCCCCCCUCCCCCCGCAUUCAAGGUCUUGCACAACUAAAUAGCAUCCUCCCUGACACCCCAUCAUCCAUCCUCCUUCCCUCUCUCUACUCUACUGUGUCCCUCCAGGCAUCAUGUCCGCCCCUGUUCCCCCUUCCCCACUCACACUGGCCUCCCAAACAUCAGCAGCAUCCCCCUUGCCCUCGCCCCUCUCCCCUCCACCCAGGGUGCCCGUCUUCCAAAGGAAGGGUGCGCUCAAACACAAGAGGAUCGUGGAGGUGAAGGAUCACCAGUUCACGGCCCGUUUCUUCAAGCAGCCCACCUUCUGCAGCCACUGCACCGACUUCAUCUGGGGCAUCGGCAAACAGGGAUUCCAAUGUCAAGUUUGCAGUUUUGUGGUCCACAAAAGAUGUCACGAGUUUGUGACCUUCACCUGUCCCGGCUCGGUGACAGCCCCCAGACCAGAUGACCUGAGGAGUCGACACUCGUUUAAGAUCCACACGUACGCCAGCCCCACCUUCUGCGACCAUUGCGGAUCCCUGCUCUACGGCCUCAUACAUCAAGGCAUGAAAUGUGCCUGUUGUGACAUGAACGUCCAUCGACGAUGUGAGACCAGCGUUCCCAGCCUUUGCGGCCAGGACCACACGGAGAAGCGAGGCCGCAUCCACCUGACCGUCCGAGGCGAGAAGGAAGACGUUUUUGUCACGGUGCUGGAGGCUCGGAACCUGAUGCCCAUGGAUCCAAAUGGGCUGUCGGAUCCGUACGUUAAACUUAAAUUGAUUCCCGACCCCAAGAGUCACAGCAAACAGAAGACCAAGACCAUCCGCUCCACGCUCAAUCCUGUCUGGAAUGAGAGUUUCACUUUUUCAGUGCGAGGCCACCAGUGGGACAGGCGUCUCUCGGUGGAGGUGUGGGACUGGGACCGCACGUCCCGCAAUGAUUUCAUGGGAGCGCUGUCCUUCGGAGUGAGCGAGAUCUUCAGGCGUCCCAUCAGCGGCUGGUUCAAACUGUUGGCCCAAGAUGAGGGAGAGUACUACAACAUCCCCGUGCCGGACCCGGACCUGCAAGAGCCUCUGCCAGACACUCCGACACCUUUGCUGCCUCAGAUGGGAUCCGGCCCGCUGUCUGAACCCCCUCCUGUGGCCUUGCCCUUGACCCCUGUGCCCUCAUCGUGUCCACCUGCCCACACCCUGGGGUCGGGCAAGAGCAGGGUGGGCAUCCAUGACUUCAACUUCCUUAUGGUGCUGGGCAAAGGCAGUUUCGGCAAGGUGCUGCUGGCAGAGGAGCGAGGCAGCGAGCGCCUGUUUGCUGUCAAGGUCCUCAAGAAGGACGUUCUCUUCCAGGACGAGGACACGGAGAGUGCCCUGGUGGAGAGGAGGGUUCUUGCGCUCCCGUCUCGUCCUCACUUUCUCACAUCGCUCUACUGCGCCUUCCAGACCGAGGACCGGCUGUACUAUGUGAUGGAGUACGUCAACGGAGGAGACCUGAUGUUUCACAUUCAGAUCAUUGGAAAGUUCAAAGAGCCUCAUGCCGCGUUUUAUGCAGCAGAGAUAGCAGUGGGCCUCUUCUUCCUGCACAGCAAAGGGAUCAUCUACAGGGAUCUAAAGCUGGACAACGUGCUGCUGGACAGCGAGGGCCACAUUAAGAUCGCCGACUUUGGGAUGUGCAGGGAGGGAAUGUUUGAGGGCGACACCACGCACACCUUCUGUGGAACCCCGGACUACAUUGCCCCUGAGAUUGUGGCGUAUCAGCCAUACAACAAAGCAGUGGACUGGUGGUCUUACGGAGUGUUGCUCUAUGAAAUGCUAGCAGGACAGCCGCCAUUUGAUGGCAUUGAUGAGGAGGAGCUGUUCCAGUCCAUCAUGGAGCAAAGCGUCUCCUACCCCAAGAGUCUCUCCCGUGAAGCUGUUGCCAUCUGCAAAGGGCUCCUGACCAAGCACCCCGCCAAGCGCCUGGGCGGAGGAGAGGACGCCGAACGAGAGAUCCGGGAGCAUCCCUUUUUCCGCUGGAUAGAUUGGGACCGUCUAGAAAGGCUGGAGAUCCCGCCGCCCUUCAUCCCGAGAUCUGGUGGAAGAAAAGGUGAAAACUUUGACAAGUUCUUCACGGCGGCUCCGUCGGCACUCACCCCCUCAGACCCGGACGUGCUGGCCGCCGUCAACCAGGAGGACUUCCAGGGCUUCUCCUUCUUUAAUCCAGAGUGCGCCCCCUCGCCACUCACUGCAGUCUAAAAGAAAUAGGAAGCUUGAUAGCUUAUACUGCGUACAGUACAUACACUAGUCCACUUUUCUACUAGCACGUAUUUCAUCGCACACUCUUUGCAUGCAUUAUCUAUUUGUUUCGCCGUCAUCAUUUCUGUUUUACGUGCACAGCAGACCACAAAAUCCCUGAAUGACAAUGUAAUUGACUUACCAGGGAUGACAUUGCAAUGUUGUGUGCAAAACGUCUACAAUAGUUAUAAUAGCGAUGAUGCAAUGACCUUGUAUGACCUUACAUGCAUACAUACAUUUUUUUUGUACAACUUUUGAGACACUUGUUUUCUGUGUUGCACGAGUCCUUGGUGUGUAUGUAUGAGAGAAUACAUUCCAAUAUGGCUAUACCAUUCCAUUUUCCUCCGCUUAUCCGGGUCGCGGGGGCAGCAGUCUUAGUAGGGAAGCCCAGACUUCCCGGUCCCCGACCACAUCCUCCAGCUCCACCGGGAGGACACCAAGGCGUUCCCAGGCCAGCUGUGAGACACAAUCCCUCCAGUGUGUCCGAGGUCUUCCCCGGGGCCUUCUCCCGGCUGGGCAUGCCCGAAACACCUCACCAGGGAGGCGUCCGGGAGGCAUUCGGACUAGAUGCCCGAGCCACUGGCUCCUUUCGAUGUGAAGGAGCAGCGGCUCUACUCUGAGCUCCUCCCGGAUGACCGAGCUCCUCACCCUAUCUCUUAGGGUGAGUCCCGCCACCCUACAAAGAAAACUAAUUUCAGCUGCUUGUAUCCGCGAUCUCCUUCUUUCGGUCACGACCCAAAGCUCGUGACCAUAGGUGAGGGUGGGAACAUAGAUCGAACGGUAAAUUGAGAGCUUUGCCUUCCGGCUCAGCUCUCUCUUCACCACGACGGUCCGGUACAGCGACCGCAUUACUGCAGACGCUGCGCCGAUCCGCCUAUCGACCUCACACUCCAACCUUCCCUCACUCGUGAACAAGACCCCUAGAUACUUGAACUCCUCCACCUGGGGCAGGACCUCAUUCCCAACCCGGAGGGAGCAAUCCACCCUUUUCCGACUGAGAAUCAUGGCCUCAAAUUUGGAGGUGCUGAGUCUCAUCCCAGAAGCUUCACACUCAGAUGCAAACCGUCCCAGUAAACGCUGCAGGUCACAGCCUGAUGAGGCCAUCAGGACCACGUCGUCUGCAAAUAGCAGAGAUGAGAUCCUAAGGCCCCCGAACUGGACUCCCUCGACACUUUGGCUGUGCCUAGAAAUUCUGUCAAUGAAAAUUAUGAACAGAAUCAGUGACAAAGGGCAGCCUUGGCGGAGGCCAGCGUUCACCGGAAACAGGCUUGUCUUACUGCUGGCAAUGCCAACCAGGCUCCUGCUCCGGUUGUAUAAGGACUGAAUGGCAAGUAGUAGCGCGCCACCAGUCCCAUACUCCCGGAGCACUCCCCACAGGACACCGCUUUUUCCAGGUCUACAAAGCACAUGUAGACCGGUUGGGCAAACUCCCAAGUACCCUCCAGUACCCUUGCAAGGGUGUAGAGCUGGUCCAGUGUUCCGCAACCAGGACGAAAACCACACUGCACCUCCUGUAGCCGAGGUUUGAUUAACGGUCGUACCCUUCUCUCCAGCACCCUGGAAUAGACUUUCCCAGGGAGGCUGAGGAGUGUGAUCCCCCUAUAGUUGGAACACACCCUCCAGUCACCCUUCUUGAAAAGGGGGACCACCACCCCAGUCUGCCAAUCCAGAGGUACUGUUCCCAACUUCCAUGCAAUGUUGAAGAGACGUGUCAGCCAAGACAGUCCCUCAACAUCCAGAGCCUUGAAGAAACUCGUCCACCCCCGGAGCUUUGCCACUGGGGAUCAUUUUGACUACCCCAGAUACCUCAGCCACGGUGAUGGAACUGUCCGCGUUCAUGUCCUCAGCCUCUGCUUCCUCUAUGGAAGGCAUGUCAGUGGGAUUGAGAAGGGCCUCAAAGUAUUCCUUCCACCGCCCAACUAUAUCCUUAGUCGAGGUCAGCAGGCCCCCGUCCCCACUAUAAACAGUGUGAACCGGGCACUGCUUCCCCUUUCUGAGGCGCCGGACGGUUUGCCAGAACCUCUUCGAGGCUGACCGAAAGUCGUGUUCCAUGGCCUCACCGAACUCCUCCCACACCCGAGUUUUUGCCUCGACCACCGCCGAAGUCACGUGCCGCUUGGUCUGCCGGUACCUGUCAGCUGCUUCAGGAGUCCCACAAGCCAUCCAUGCUCGAUAGGACUCCUUCUUCAGCUUGACGGCAGCCCUGACCUCUGGUGUCCACCAUCGGUUUCGGGGUUUGCUGCCACGACUGGCACCGACCACCUUGCGGCCGCAGCUCCAAUCGGCUGCCCCAGCAAUGGAGGCACGGAAUAGAGCCCAUUCGGACUCAAUAUCCUCGUCCUCCCCCGGGAUGCAGGCGAAGCUCUGCGGAGGUGAGAGCUGAAGACUCGGCGGACAGGUGACACUGCCAAACGUUCCCAGCACAACCUCACUACACGUUUGGGUCUCCCGGGUCUGUCCGGCAUCCUCCCCCGCCAUCUAAUCCAACUCAUCACCAGGUGGUGAUCAGUUGACAGCUCAGCCCUUCUCUUUACCCGCGUGUCCAGAACAUCCGGACGCAGGUCUGAUGAUACGACUACAAAGUUGAUCAUAGACCUGCGGCCUAGGGUGUCCUGGUGCCAUGUCCACUUAUGGACAUCCUUAUGUUCGAACAUGGUGUUUGUGAUGGACAAACUGUGGUUUGCACAGAAGUCCAACAACAUCACACCGCACGGGUUCAGAUCGGGGAGGCCGUUCCUCACAAUCACGCCCCUCCAGGUCACACUGUCAUUGCCCACAUGGGCGUUGAAGUCUCCCAGCAAAACGACGGUGUCACCAGUUGGGGUGCUCUCUAGCACCCCUCUGAUGGACUCCAGGAAGGCUGGGUACUCUGAACUGCCGUUUGGCGCAUACUCACAAACAACAGUCAGGACCCUUUCCCCAACCCGGAGGCGUAGGGAAAUGACCCUCUCGUUCACUGGGGAUGAGUCCAAAACGGAGGCACCGGGCCGGGGGGCUAUUAAUAAGCCCACACCAGCUCGCCGCCUCUCCCCUGCAGCAACUCAAGAGUAGAACAAGGUCCAGCCCCUCUCGAGGAGUUUGGAUCCAGAACCCAAACUGUGGGUUGAGGUGAGUCCGACUAUAUCUGGUCGGAAUGUCUCAACCUCUCUCACAAGUUCGGCCUCCUUCCCUGCCAGAGAAGUAACAUUCCAUGUCCCAAGAACCAGAUUUGGCCACCGAAGACCAGGUCGCCUAGGCGCCCACCCUCAACCGCUGCCCAAAGCGCAAUGCACCGGACCCUUAUGCUUGCCCCCGCUGGUGGUGGGUCUACGAGGAGGAGAUCCCGUGUGGCUUGUUCGGGCUGAGCCCGGCAGGGCCCCACGGGUGAGAGCCCGACCACCAGGCGCUCGCCUGCGAGCCCCUCCCCCAGGCCUGGCUCCAGGGUGAGGCCCCGGUAUCCCAUGUCCGGGCGAGGUGCGGUCUCUCCUUGUGUGUUUAUUCAUCAGGGUCUUCUGAAUCACUCUUAGUCUGGCUCGCCACCCAGGACCUGUUUGCCUUGGGAGACCCUACCAGGGGCAUAUAGCCCCAGACAACAUAGCUCCAAGGAUCACUCGGGCACACAAACCCCUCCACCACAGUAAGGUGGUGAUUCACGGAGGGGCAUAUGGCUAUACAAUUAUUAUUAUUAUUAUUGUUAUUAUUAUUAUUUUUAUUAUACUUCAUUCUUAAAUUUACAAAAAAGCCAUUGAACCAUUAAUAGAAUUACCCUUCAUAAAAAUAU